CGGACAGUAGCGGAGCAGUGUAUUGUAUAUCGAGGUCAGCCUUAAAAUCACAUCGGAAGAAUUAACCUGCAGCCUGCAAAUAAGCAUUUACUGCAAAUUCUUCUGUCUGCGCUUCGCACCUUUUGGAUUAUGGGAAAGAAAGUUAUAGACAGAUCUUUCUAAAUUGUUUAGAAAGUUUUUUUUUUCUUUUCAUUUUUAAUAUAAGAUGUAGCUUACUCGAUUGUGUUAGUUCGCACAGUUUAUCUGGGAACUGAAAAGUGUAUCUAAGUAACCUCAGCGCGCAAGUUUCCAGAGCAAUGACGCACAUCUACCAGGAUGGUUCUGACGACCCUCUCCCUGUAAAUUUACGAGUGUCGGUGUUGAAUGCCACCGUAACGGCGGAGCCGGCGACAGGUCGGGUGAACUUGCCCCCCCGGAUCAAGCUGUUCCUGGAGGUCCUGAUGGUUGUCAUGUGUCUGGGCGCGGUGGCAGGUAAUGUUCUGGUCAUCGGGAUUGUGGCGGCCACAAAGAACUUCCACUCCGUGACGUCCGUGCUCAUCACUAACCUCGCCAUCAGCGACCUGCUCGUGGGUGUCGGUGUAAUGCCGUUCGUCGCUGUCUCCAUCAUGAAUAACGGCUGGGUGGACGUUACAACACUGUGCCUGUACGUGGGCUACACAGCCUCUGUGUACUGCACGGUCUCCGUGCUGACGCUGGCGGCCAUCGCCCUGGACCGCUACUGCUCCAUCAUGGACUGCCUGCGCUACGGCGCGCGCUGCACGCUGUGGAGGAGCUGCAGCGUGGUGCUGUGGAUCUGGCUGCAGGCCCUGCUCACCAGCCUGCCCCCCCUGCUCGGCUGGAGCUCCGUGGAGUAUGUGGCGCCCAUGUACAGCUGUGCGGUGAACUGGGCCAGCAGACCCAGCUACACGGCCUUCAUGGCGUUCCUCUCCUUCCUGCUUCCCGCUGCCGUCAUCCUCUUCUGCUACGUCCACAUCGUGAGGGUGGCCCGGGGCCACGCCCGCCGGAUCCACACCCUGGAGGAGCAGCUGCAGCGCAGCCGUGGCAACCCCUUAUCCACAUCCUCCCCCUCCCCCGCUACGCUGGUGUACCACCUGUCUGGGCGCUUCGUGUCAGAGAUCCAUGGAGGUGGGGCUGCCUCAGACGCCAGGCUGGCCGGCCAGGCUGCCUCCGAUGCUGCCUCCACUAGUCCCGCUGACCCCCAGGCCCCCCCGGCCUCCUCCAGCACGACGCCCCCUAGUCGGCUGCUGUCCCUCCUGGCCCAGAGCGUCCCCCAGCCCCUCCAGAACCAGCACCAUCACGGGGUGCUGCGCCUCUUCCUGGUCAUCUCUGCCUUCUUCCUGUGCUGGACCCCUUACAUGGGCGUGGCCCUGGUGCAGGCCACGGAGACCGCCCUAUCAUGUAAGUCCAGCCUGGUCCCGCCCUCGGCUGUCACCUUCUCCUAUUGGCUGGCGCUGCUGAACUCGGACAUCAACCCCCUGCUGUACGCGCUGCUCAGCAAACGCUUCCAGGGGGCGCUGUGGUGCCUGAGGCAGAAGAUAGGGGCUCGGCUAGGGUGGGGGGCCGGCAGGGGGGGAGGAGGAGGGGAAGGACAGGGGGGAGACAGGGGCAAGGGAAGGGGGCAGAGGAGCAGUGAUCUCUGCACCGCGACACACACCCUCCCCCCGGAUCCCGCCUCCUCUGGGGAGCCGCCCUCCCCCUCCUGUCGCUCCCACUCCGUCUUCACCCUCAACUCCAGCUUCCCUGAGGGCUCUCUGUGUGGCCACUACAUCCCUGCCAGCUCCCCUCCCUCCUCCUCUGCCCCCUCCUCCUCCCUGUGGUCGGGGGGCCUGCAGGUCCCCUCCAGGACACCAGAGGGCAGCCGGCUGCCCUUCUCGGCUGCCACGAGCGAGAGGCAGGCCACCUUCUUCUACGGACAGAUCACCGUGAGGGUGGAGCACGACGUUGGCUAGCGCUCCGGCCUGCUAGCCUUGACUGACACUGUAUGCUGACAUGAGUAGGUUCUCGAAGGAAGGAAGGAAGGAAGGAAAAGAAAGGCCAGUAGGAGGAAGCCUGUCAGGAGUGUUGAAGCAGGGACAUGGCUAUUCUCAUGCAGGCGUUUCCUAUCUGUCAGUCUCCCGGGUAGCUGGUCUCCAGAUGAGCGGCUCUGGAAACGAUGAUGGUUUCAGCAAUUUGAACAUGGGGGACAAACAAGUCUCUCUUCUGAAUUUCCUCAGUGCUUGACUGUAUGUUGGGAGGCUUUUGAAUACUGUCGAAUGGACUGAAACGGUGAGGUACUUAGAUGAUUUAAACUGUAACAUGCUUCACAGUGGAUAUGAACAAGAAUUGAGACAGAGUCCACUCUGAGGUAUAUUCAAAAGGAGUUUUUUAUCGAGUACAUGUGAUUACACCUGAAGACAACGACUACAGUUCCAAUAAACCGUCCCAACAUUUACCUAAACACC